ACCCCAGGGGAGGGCUUCUGCUCCCAUCCUCAUCCGCUUUGAGCCUAUGCCCUGAGUUCCUGGUGCAUGUCAGAACCAGCACGCGUAUUUGCAUGGAUGGGUGUGGGCAUGGCUGUGGGCAGCAUGUGUGCUGGAGGGCCUGGCUGCAUGUCCUGCAUUGUGGGCAGCCCCCUGAGCACGUUCACUAAGACUUGUGUGACACAGCUCGGAAUGGCAGAGACAUGGUCCUUUUGUGUUCAUGUGUAUCCAUAUGUCUUUCUACACGUGUGUGGUAUGUCGGUCUGUCUUGUCUCCCCUGUAGACGGGAAGCCCCGAGCCACGCAUCAACGGGCACUCUGGGAAGGUGACGUCGAGACUAGCCCAGACCAAUUUGGGGUUCCUGGUUUUGCUCCAGGAGUCCUCCAGCCUGCAGCCCCUGCUGAGGAGGGAGGAUUGACCAGCACGGGGGUGGGGGUCCAAGUGUCAGGGACCCUGGGGGUGCCUGGCUUGUAGCGUGGAGGACUCAUUGCUGCGCUGGUGGUCAGGAGGCCCCGCCCUGAUGCCCCUGUGACCUCGGGCAAAGCCUUUGCUCUGUCUGGGGCCAUUCGCUCAUCUGGAGAACGUGGGGUUGGACCAAUGAGUUCUGGCCACCCCUGAGGCUCCGACCAUCGUGAUUUUAAGUCGGGCGGCGGGAGCCUGCUAAAUUCGUUGGUGGAGGCGGCUGUGGCCAGAGCCCGGCCUGCCAGACCCUCUCUCGGUCCCGGGCUGUCCUGCUGAAGGGCGAGAGGAGAAGCCAUGCCGGGCAGCGGCCCCAGCGAGAGGAUGACGUGGCCCGGUCCGGCCCUCCCCGCGGCCCCCCCAACGCGCCCUCUCUCCUCAGCCCCGGGGACACCACCCAUCCCGCCCCUCACCCGGACCCGCAGCCUCAUGGCCAUGUCCCUGCCGGGCAGUAGACGGGCCUCUGCUGGAUCCCGCAGGCGCACCUCUCCGCCCGUGAGCGUGCGGGAUGCCUAUGGCACCUCUUCUCUCAGCAGCAGCAGCAACUCGGGCUCCUACAAGGGCAGUGACAGCAGCCCCACGCCCAGGCGCUCCAUGAAGUACACACUGUGCAGCGACAACCAUGGCAUCAAGCCGCCCACCCCGGAGCAGUACCUGACCCCCCUGCAGCAGAAGGAGGUGUGCAUCCGGCACCUGAAGGCCCGGCUGAAGGACACGCAGGACCGGCUCCAGGACCGGGACACAGAGAUCGAUGACCUGAAGACGCAGCUGUCACGCAUGCAGGAGGACUGGAUCGAGGAGGAGUGCCACCGGGUGGAAGCCCAGCUGGCCUUGAAGGAGGCCCGCAAGGAGAUCAAGCAGCUCAAGCAGGUCAUCGACACGGUCAAGAACAACCUGAUCGACAAGGACAAGGGGCUGCAGAAGUACUUCGUGGACAUCAACAUCCAGAACAAGAAGCUGGAGACGCUGCUGCACAGCAUGGAGGUGGCUCAGAACGGCAUAGCCAAGGAGGACGGUGCCGGGGAGUCGGCUGGUGGGUCCCCCGCCCGCUCCCUCACCCGCAGCUCCACCUACACCAAGCUGAGUGACCCAGCUGUCUGUGGUGACCGUCCCCCUAGCGACCACCCUGGCACCUCCACCGAGGAUGGGGCUGACAGUGGCUUCGCAGCAACCGAUGACACACUGAGCCGGACGGACGCGCUGGAGGGCAGCAGCCUGCUGUCAUCUGGGGUGGACUGUGGCCCUGAGGAGACCUCGCUGCACAACUCCUUCAGCCUGGGCCCCCGCUUCCCCGCCAGCAACACCUACGAGAAGCUGCUGUGUGGCAUGGAGGCCGGCGUGCAGGCCAGCUGCAUGCAGGAGCGUGCCAUCCAGACAGACUUCGUGCAGUACCAGCCUGACCUGGACACCAUCCUGGAGAAAGUGACCAAGGCCCAGGUCUGUGGGACAGUCCCUGAGUCAGGGGACAGGUGCCUGGAGUUGGAUCCCCACCCCCCGGGGCCAAGAGACCCCAGCUCAGCAGUGGUGGUGACGGUGGGUGACGAGCUUGAGGCCCCGGAGCCCAUCACCCGAGGGCCGACCUCACACCGGCCUGGUGCCAACCCCAACCCGUCGGUGAGCGUGACAUGCCCCAUGGAAGAGGAGGAGGAGGCGGCCGCAGCCGAGAAGGAGCCCAAGAGCUACUGGAGUCGCCACUACAUCGUGGAUCUGCUGGCCGUGGUGGUGCCGGCCGUGCCCACCGUGGCCUGGCUCUGCCGCUCCCAGCGGCGCCAGGGCCAGCCCAUUUACAACAUCAGCUCCCUGCUGCGGGGCUGCUGCACUGUGGCCUUGCACUCCAUCCGCAGGAUCAGCUGCCGCUCGCUGAGCCCGAGCGAGGCCGGUGGCGGCUCCCAGCUCUGAGGGGGUCCCAUCCCGGCCAGCGGCCCCGGCGGCCUGACCACUGAUUGUAGGGGUGCCGUCCUCCCUCUCGCACAUUCCUGUGGGGCAUCAUCUUAUUUAUUUAGUUUUCGGUUUGGAAGUGUUUUUUUCGGGAUGUUAACAGUGUUGGGGGCUGGGAGGAGGGGUUGAGGGAAGGCACCCCAAAAACUUUGAUGGGACAGAAGGGAAGAGAGACCAAGGGCAGGGAGGCCAGCUGACUGGACAAAUGGCAGAGAGAAGCUGGUGAGUCCCCCAGCCCGGCCCCUGUCCGCCUGGCCCUUCACACAGGGCAGCCCCUGCUCAGGAAGUCUCGGGGGGAGGCUGGGCUGAGUUGCCCUUCAGCGCUCCCCCAGCCCCACGUCCUGUCCAGUUCUCUGCUCACUCCAGGCCUUCUCUCCCAAGCCACCCCUUGCCCUCGGCCCAGCCGUCUGGCCAGGUACCAUCUCCUCAGAUGGAGGCAGCUACAGCCCAAAGUAUAGGCACCUGGGACUCUGAACAGUGUCUGGAGCCGCUGGGCCUCGGCUGGAGCUCCAGCCUCCUCAGGUACUGCCCUCUCUGGGAUUCUGAAGCGCAGUCAAGGCCAUGGGCUAGAGGAAAGACAAUGACGGGCAAGAGGUGGCAGAGGGCAGCGUGGCUUCUGUGUCUGUCUGUUCGUCCAGACCUUCCUCACGAUCCACUUUCCUCUUGGCGUUUCUGGGUGCGUCUGAUAAUUCUUCCUGUGAGAGCCAAACCAGACGGGCUCGGUGCUGGGGUAGAGCACUGGCCUGGGCCCCAGCUCGCGUCUGGAGACUCUGCCAGCACAAGAGGAGGAGGCGGGGGCUGGCAGCUUUGGGGCGGGGCUCCUCCAGCCUUCUGAGAUGAGGCCCUGUCGUCUGGGAGUCAGGGCUGGACUCACAAUCCUCAGCUGGUUCGAAAAGCCAGAGGCUGUGACUGCCCCCGAGAACUCCCCCUGAGCUGCUCUGGGGGUCGCAGGCCCACUCCUGCUUUGCACUACGUUCACUUUGGAGCUUGGUUCUCUGCACCCCAGGGUCUCCUGUGAGGGGGCUGCUUGCUUUCUAGGGUGAGGGAUCCUAAAGCUUAGACCUCCCAGCCUCGGGGGGGAAUUCUGACAGGAUGAAUGGCAAGAUGGGGUACGGAAGCCAUGAUGUUUGUCCAGGCCAAAGCGGGGUGCCCUGGGGUGUUUCCUGGCUGGGGUGGGGCGGACGGGAGCCCUGCAGCCUCCUGCUCCCAGCCCAAGCCCUGGUGGCCUGGGAAGGCCCACUGUGGCCCCUCCUUCCUCAGGACCACAUCUGGGACCCCAGCAAGGCUGCUGACAUUUUAUCCCCAUGAUUAGUUUACAGAGUAAAGCCACCCCUCGUCCCCACAGGGCACACAUGUCCACCUGGUCACCCGCUCUGCAGAGUUGGGCCCCACAGUGGAGGGCUGGGUACGACCUGUGUCUUACUCCCUCUCUGGCCCAGGGGCCACUCUGGUUCUCUGCCAAGGUUGCUUGCCCACUCCCGCUGCUCCCACAGCUGCUGCCUGACUCGUGGGCUCCACCCUUCCUCUCUGUGCCCUCCACUCCAGGGGGGACACCGCAUGCACUGGGAGUGGGCAGCCAGCCCCACCAUCAGCGACAGCCCUCCCUGCCACACGCUUUGUGCCUCCAAAGCUCCCCCCGCCUCGGUCGGGGCCUCAGACCAGCCAUCCUUUGUGGAGCAUUUGUGGCCCCAGCUGAACCAAACCCAAACUCCUGGGGCCUGGCUGGGCUACCCCAGAGAACACUAAGGUGGCGAUAUGGAGGGCCAGUGGACAAACCCACUCCAAAGCCAAGCCGGGACUGGCCACGGACCCAGCCUCCUGUGCCAUGUACUCACGGAGCUGCGUAGUGUCUCCUUAGAAAUAGUCAAAGCUUUGCCGAGAAAAUAAAUGUAUGACUAUAUUUGACAACAUAAAAAUCUAUAUAUUUUUCACCGCUGGAAUUUAGCCAAGCUGCGUACCCCUCUGCUCCUGUCCGUGUCUUGCUGUCUGUGGCCUUCCUGUUGUGUCUUGUGUUUUGGUGGAUGUGGUCAGGGCUGGGGCCAUUGUCCACUCUGUCCUUGCUGCUGGAGAAGCCAGUCCAAAGGGCUAGACGGGGCUGGACCCGAGGCCUAUGGAUGAGGCGGGUGGGACUGGCUGCCGCCCUCUGCCGCUGCUCCUGUUGGAGACCUGCCCAUCUGGGUUAGAGGGCCCAGCCCAGUGUUCAGGGUCUGCUUUCUGGGGAGUCUGAUGGGGCCUUUGACGGGCUUCUCUUCUCCUUGUCAGUGGAGGAGGCAGCUCACAGCCCCAGCCCUGGGACAGCCCGGGACGGUGGUGGCCGGUGGCCCCUGCCCGGCUCCUGGGUGUGUUUGUGUGCGUGCUCGGUAUCCGCAUCUAUGCAAAGGUGCAGCGCGGCUGGGGCGGCUCCAAGCGGCAGAGGUGCGCAGCCUGCAGGCUCGGGCACCAGGCCCUGGCUCUGAGGGGCUGCUGCGCGAGGCCAGGGCCAGGGCACCCGCUGAGAGCUCAUCCUCUAAAGCUUGGCCCUUUACCUUCCCGCUUACCACCCCCUCCUGUUGGGCUGUGACCUUCCCUCCUGCCCUCGGCUUCUGGAACAGAAGUCUUCGGGGCCUCCCCUCUGCCCAGCCUCCAGCAGGAGCUGAUCAGGACCCAAGGACAACAUUGCCAGGAACCACCUUCCGGAGCUGCUUGUCCCUUGGAACCCAGCAGCUGGAAGCAGCUUUUCCUUAGUUGCAGGGCAUGGGCCAGGCGGCCCUGCUGCGCCUCUGGUCCAGGCUCAGGCAGGAAUCCGAGUUGGGGGCUGGGACUCUGCACAGAGAGCUGGCCUCGAGUGGAGUUUAGUCCAACUAUCUCCCAAGGGGAUAACUUAGCUUUUUACCGAACACCCUUCCCAGUCGCCACUAGCAUGGGGCUAUCUGACAGCACCUUGGGGUGGAGUGGACAAAUGACCAGGUUCUGGGGCUGAGGCCGACUGAGGGGCCUCUGCCCCGUGAAUCAUGACCCCUCUCUGACCCAGGGGGACAGUGCACACGAGUCAUGGUGCACACACAUUCGCCCAUCCCCUUCAUGGAGAAUUCAGGGGAUGCAGGAAGGGGGGAGGUGGGGCGGGGUCUUCAC